GAUUCCUUUUUUUUCACCUCCGCUUCAAAGUAAGAAGACUUAGGUUUUAAGUCAAAACGAAAUCGGAAGAUCAGACAGAGCUCAAGAGAAGUAAAGAAACUGCGACAAGAGAAAGAAGAUUGACUUUGGAGAAGAGAGAGAGUAACGAUGGAAGAUAUUCAUAAUCUCGAUAUAGAGAAAAGUGAUAGAUCGAUUUGGUUGAUGAAGUGUCCUGUAGUUGUAGACAAGGCAUGGCACAAGAUAGCAGCUUCGUCGUCUUCUUCUUUUGCUUCCUCGGAUUCUCCUCCCGACAUGGCAAAGAUUGUUCGCGAAGUUGAUCCUCUACGGGACGAUUCUCCCCCCGAGUUCAAAAUGUAUAUGGUUGGUGCUGAGUAUGGGAACAUGCCAAAGUGCUACGCUUUGAACAUGUUCACAGACUUUGUUCCGAUGGGGGGCUUUUCCGAUGUUAAUCAAGGUUGUGCAGCUGCUGAAGGAAAGGUUGAUCACAAAUUCGAUAUGAAGCCAUAUGGUGAAACCAUUGAAGAAUAUGCUAGGCUUUGUCGUGAGAGAACGAGCAAAGCCAUGGUUAAAAAUCGACAGAUUCAGGUUAUUGAUAAUGACCGCGGAGUUCAUAUGAGGCCCAUGCCUGGAAUGCUUGGUUUAGUUUCCUCCAAUUCCAAGGAAAAGAGGAAACCUCCCCCAGUCAAGCAAACCGAGGUGAAGAGGACGAGGAGAGAUCGUGGUGAGCUUGAAGCUAUAAUGUUCAAGCUAUUUGAAGGCCAGCCUAACUGGACAUUGAAGCAGCUUGUACAAGAGACGGACCAGCCAGCUCAGUUCCUGAAAGAAAUACUAAACGAGCUGUGCGUGUACAAUAAGAGAGGAUCGAACCAAGGGACAUAUGAGCUUAAACCUGAAUACAAGAAAUCUGCUGAAGAUGAUACAGGUGGGCAGUGAAAUCAACCCCUUGUGUAAUUCACUAUUAUAUACAUGUGACAUAGUCAUAACAUUAUUAUAAACCCUGAGUCAUUAUUCAUCAGAAGAAAAAAACAAGAUUUUAGUAGGGAAGAGAAAAGAGGGGUUUUAAGUGGUCAUCUUUUAAUUUGUAUCUUUAAUCGAAACAGACAAAUAUAAAAGAGAGUUUUUGUUUAUGACAUAUAACAAAAUUACAAAAUCAUGUGGCGGUUUGGUUGGAUAUAAACAUAUAACGAAC